AUGGACAGGCCUGCUUCCGACUACGCGCAGCCAGGUUUGAGCCCUCAAUAUCCAAGUCUCCCGGAGACACAGUCUGAACAAUCAGCUGCAGAUCAGGCUUCUGCCGCUGCUGCCGCUGCCGCCGUCGCAUCCCCUACCCAACCCGAAGCUCGUCGAACUCCUCAGUCCCAAUACUCAGCUCCCCCCGAACCUCGAUCGGGCGGCAUCUCGUCCUCCAACACUCCCCAGCCAGACUACGGCCUGCACCAGAACGCUCCCCAUCCGCCUCCGCCUCCGGCCGCCGCGCGCCCGUCUCCCUAUCCUGAAUAUCUGACGCGCCAACCACAGUACCACCACGCGCCUCAUACCCAAGCCGGCGGGCCGCCAGGUAUGGCUCAAGCAACAAGUCCGUCCAUGAACCCGCAAGAUGGGCAGCAGAGUGACCAUCGAAGUCCCGCGCAAGUGAAGUCUGACACCGAGGUUCCUAUAGAUCCCUCGAUUGCAGCCUCGAGCCCAUCCUAUCCUCCACCAUACUCUCCCUACGCUCCUCAGAGCCACGACAUGACGCAAUACCAGAGCCAUCCGCCGCAGAUGUACGCGCGCCCAGACUGGCCACACCAGUAUGGAGGCCACCAGCCAGGCAUGCCAGGCCCAUAUAGCUCCCCGGCUUCAGCACAACACAAGCGGCCCCGACGACGAUACGAAGAGAUUGAGCGGAUGUACAAGUGUGGAUGGAACGGGUGUGAAAAGGCCUACGGCACGCUAAAUCAUCUCAACGCACACGUCACAAUGCAGUCGCACGGCGCUAAGAGAUCUCCAGAUGAAUUCAAGGAGAUCCGCAAGGAGUGGAAGGCACGCAAGAAGGAAGAAGACAACCAGCGCAAGGCUGCCGAGGAGAGAGAGCGGGCCGCCGUACAGGCAAACCAGGUUGAUAACAACGGUGCGCCGAGCGGAAGUGCCCAGCCCAGCCACCCUGCUACCUCCUACGCUGCCGGUGUUAGGCCUCAGCUGCCGCCAAUAGGCUAUCAGCCAGCAGACGGCCAAGUGCCAGGUCAGUAUGGUGCUUCUCCUGGCGGUCUGGUCUAUCCAGCUGGAAAUGGCCAGAUGCCUGCUGCCUACUCUCCAAGUUACCCCCAUUCCCCUUACGGUCAGGGCAAUCAGGUCUACCCACAACCACCGCAGAACCAGUCCAACAACUAUCCAUAA